GCUGUUUGUUCUACAAAAUUCCAAAACUUUUCUGUUUGUUCCAACAACGGAGGCGAGGCCGCCGUGGGGCAGAAGAGGAAGAGGACGGCGUCGCCGAUGGGGCAGUCGGCCGUCGCCGGCGAGUGCGCCGGCGGCGGGCAGAGGAAGAGGCUCGCGGGAGGGCCGGACUACCUGGACGUGCUCCCCGACGACCUCGUCCUCUCCAUCCUGUCCAAGCUCGCCGCCUCCGCCUCGGCGCCCUCCGACCUGCUCUCCGUGCACCUCACGUGCAAGAGGCUCAACGAGCUCGGCGGGCAUGACAUGGUGUUCGCCAAGGCCUCGCCGGCGUCGCUGGCCGUGAAGGCGGCAGCGUGGUCGGAGCCGGCGCAGAGGUUCCUCAAGCGCUGUGCCGACGCCGGCAACCUCGAGGCCUGCUACAUUCUCGGCAUGAUUCGAUUCUACUGCCUCGGGAGCCGGAGCAGCGGCGCCGCGCUGCUGGCGAGGGCGGCGGUCGGCGGGCACGCCGCGGCGCUCUACUCACUGGCGGUCAUCCAGUUCAACGGCAGCGGCGGCGCCAAGUCCGACCGGGACCUCCGCGCGGGCGCGGCGCUGUGCGCUCGCGCGGCCGCGCUGGGCCACGUCAACGCGCUCCGCGAGCUCGGGCACUGCCUCCAGGACGGCUACGGCGUGCGGCGCGACCCCGCCGAGGGACGCCGACUCCUGGUGGCCGCCAACGCCCGCGAGCUCACCCUCGCGCUCGCCGCGGCCGCCGCCUCGCGCCACCCCUUCGCCGCGGCGCUCCCGCUCGGCGCGGCGGUCGAGGGCGCCGGCGGGUGCCCGCUCCUCUCGGACUUCGGGUGGAGCCUCCCCGAGGCGGACCCACACGCGGCUAACCAGUUCAUGGUGGACUGGUGGGCCUCCCGCGGCGCCCAGGCGGCGGCCGCGAAGAAGCCCGCUACAGGCGGCGACGGCGACGGCGACGGCGACGGCGCGGAGCUCCGGCUGUGCUCCCACGUCCGGUGCGGGCGGCGCGAGACCCGGCGGCACGAGUUCCGGCGGUGCUCCGUGUGCGGCGCCGCCAACUACUGCUCCCGCGCGUGCCAGGCGCUGGACUGGAAGCGCGCCCACAAGGCGCAGUGCGUUCCCAUGGACCGGUGGCUCGCCGCCAACGCCGGCGAGGCGGCCCCGCAGUGACGCUGCGGCGCGCCUCCCCAACGGCUGACAUGACGUACCAGUACUACUACUAGAGUACUAGCCCCUCGGCCCACCGUAGACCCGGCGUAGCGAAGGAAGGAAAGGCGCAGCAGAUGGAAAUGCGCCUCGGCUCUUUUUUUUUCUCUCUUUUGGUCCCUAUCCUUUUUCUCUUUUGCGCCUCUGCUGUCUGGGCGUCGCCUUGUCAGAUGUACGUAUUCUACUAGGGAAGAGGAGCCGAGGGAUACCCGCGCCCGUUUCUGUUUUUUUUAGCUCUUGUUUUGUCUCGGUUAAAGUUACCGCUAGAACUCAAAUCCUUCUUUUCUUUUUCUAACCGAGGUUGGGAGCCGGUUGAGGUUCCUCUGGAUUU